GUGCAGCCCAGUCAGAAGUGAAACGAAAAUAAGUGUCAUAUCUGAGUCAGACAACAAAGACAACAACAACAGAAAAGGGACGUGCUGAUAUUAACCUGAAUUCUUGUGACACUACAUUAACUUCCUUUUUGAUCAUGGAAGAUCCCCUGAGGAUUGUCCUGCUGGGAAAAUCUGGAAGUGGGAAAAGCAGCUUGGCCAACACCAUAUUUGGAGAGACGGAAGAGGUGUUUGAGAUAGAUCAUACUGCAACCUCUGGAACAAGUCAGUGUACGAAAGCUACCAGAGUGGUGAAUAGAACAUCUGUUACUAUAAUUGACACUCCUGGUUUCUUUGACAAUCGCACGUCUGAAGAGGGUUUGAGAAAUGAGAUUGCAAGGUGUGUCGUAGAGUGUUCUCCUGGACCUCAAGCUUUUCUUAUUUUACUGAAAGUGGAGAGAUUCACAGAUCAUGAGUACGAGGUUAUUACCAAAAUCAUAGAGUCUUUUUCUGAAGAAGCUUUCAGAUAUGCUGUGCUUGUCUUCACUCGUGGUGAUGAUCUUCCUGAAGGAACGCAGAUAGAAGAGUUUUGCAGGGGCAACAACCGUCUACGUGAGUUGUUAGAGAGAUGUGGUGGGCGCUGCCACGUCUUUGAUAACAAACACUGGAACAACAACCCACAGCAUGAAUACAGAAACAACCAGCUGCAGAGGGAAAAGCUGCUCAACACAAUAAAAGAGAUGGUGAGGAACAAUGACGGAGGUUGUUACACAAAUGAGAUGCUACAAGAAGUGGAGAAGGCAAUACAACAAGAGCAAGAGAGCAUUAGAUCAUCAUCAGGAGUCAUGUCAUGGGAAGAAAUCAGAGAGGAGGCAAAGAACAGAGUCUACAAUGCUCUCAAGAUGGCUGCUGGUGUUACCACAGGGAUGCUGUUGGGAGCACUGCUUGGCCUUGCUGCUACUGCAGGAGCAAUAGGUGGGGGUUGUGUAGGAUAUCGUGAAGCUGAUAAAGCAGAUUCAAUAAUGGAGGCAGUUAUGAACACAACUGAGGCUCUUGGUGAACUAGCUGUAGAAGCA